GUUUAUCAUUAGUCAUUUCACUGUAUCUAGUAGAUCUACAAUAAUUUACGUGAUUAUUUCAACCGAACCAUGUCACGCUUUAGCGGAGCACUUCAACUUACGGAUUUGGAUGAUUUUAUAACACCAUCUCAGGAAUGUAUCAAACCUGUUGAAAUAAAGACAAAUAAAACCAAAACGGGAUCAAAAAUUACCAUCCAGGAAGAUGGGUCGUACAUGCAGGCCACGAGUAGUGGUUUCCAAAAGCUAGAAAAGGUUGAAAUAACCUUGGCUGAUUGCCUCGCGUGUUCUGGCUGUAUCACAUCAGCGGAAGGAGUUCUGGUUACACAGCAAAGCCAGGAAGAGUUGUUGAGAGUGAUGAACGAAAAUAAUUUAGCAAAAUUAGAGAAUCGCUUAGAAGCUGUCAAGUUUAUAGUAUUCACUAUUGCGCAACAGCCAAUUCUAUCUCUCGCUAAGAGAUAUAAUCUUUCACCUGAGGAAACGUUGGAACGCAUUGCAGGAUACUUCAGAAGACUAGGAGCAGAUAUGAUCGUAGAUACUAAAAUAGCGGACGACUUGGCACUGAUAGAAAGCCGAAAUGAGUUUAUUGAACGUUAUAAUACAAACAGACAAACGUUACCGAUGCUGGCGUCGGCUUGUCCCGGGUGGGUAUGUUACGCAGAGAAAACGCAUGGUAACUUCAUUCUGCCGUACAUAGCAAGUACAAGAUCGCCACAACAAAUCAUGGGAGUCCUCAUUAAAAAGUACCUUGCCCGAUUGUUAGGUAUUGGCAGCGAUCGCAUCUAUCACGUGACUGUCAUGCCAUGCUAUGACAAGAAAUUGGAGGCAUCGCGUGAGGAUUUUUUCUCAGAAGUUGAUAACUGUCGUGAUGUUGAUUGUGUUAUUACCUCGAUUGAAAUCGAACAAAUGUUGGAUAACUCUGGUAUUCCUGCGCUUGAAAUAGUCGAGAAACAACCUGUGGAUUGGCCUUGGCCAACGGGACGGCCUCCCGCAUUUGUUUGGGCUCACGAAAGUUCUGGAUCCGGUGGGUACUGUGAAUACAUCUUUAAAUAUGCCGCGCGGAAACUAUUCAAUAUCGCUAUCGAUAAAGUGGAAUUUAAAAGUCUGCGCAACAGUGAUUUACGCGAGGCAGUUCUCGAGCAUGACGGGGAGGUGGUGCUCAGGUUUGCCAUCGCUAACGGAUUCCGAAAUAUUCAAAACAUUGUGCAAAAAAUGAAACGUGGUAAAUGCAAUUAUCAUUAUAUUGAAAUAAUGGCCUGUCCAUCGGGUUGUCUGAAUGGCGGAGCUCAGAUUCGUCCCGUUCAUGGAGAGACGCAGCGUGAGCUAACAGCCGACUUAGAGGCUAUGUACAGAAUGUUACCACAGUCGAAUCCGGAAACCGAAACGAUUGAAAUGGUAUACACAACCUUUCUGGACAAUUCGGGAGACAACAAUAAACGGAAGGAGUUUCUUCACACCAGUUAUCAUGCUAUAGAGAAACUAAACACGGCGCUGAAUAUUAAGUGGUAAAUCUGUGGUAAUUUUUUAGCGUUUACAUAUUUUAUUA